AUGGCCCUCAACAGUUUCAAGAAAGAAUACCAGUUAAUGGGCCUCAUCCCUAAGCCUUCUCCUCGGGUUACUGCGAAUGUAGAGCCUAUAUCACCGGUUCUCAAGCCGACCCUUAACCUUAUAGCCACCGGUGUGCCUCAAUCCGUACCCACCAUACCGAACUUGUCAUUCGAACGGAAAGACGACGAAACGGAAUCAGAGAACGAAUCUAAAGGCCUCCGGUAUUCCAAUUUCCAACGUACGCAUGCACACCGCCCGCAAUCCCAAAUCCCCGAGUCCCCGAUCGAUACCCUCGCCUCGGUCGCCCUUGCGACGAGUCCUACCUUCGACAACAAUUCGCGACGCGCAUCGCAUGGACAAUCGUCGCCGCAAUUCGCAAACGGUUACUUCUCAUACGCGCAGAAUACUCAGCGCCGACCGCUACCCCAGGAAUUCAGCAACGGCGCCAUCGAACGUCCGUCGAAACGAGCAAGGUCGGAGGCAAUCACAUUGCGCGAUUUGCCUCAGUCAUCAUCCUCUCGGCCCGCGACAAGUUAUAAUCCACCCUAUGGUCUGUCGCAAAACACGGAGGCUUCCGCCAAAGUUUCCGCGCUAUCUGGAGUUGUGGAUCCUCGGACGGCCGGCAACGAAGCGGAGAACCACGAUAAUGACGAUCUGCUUGUUGGGAGCAUCCUCCUCGACCUCUUCAAUGGCGGAGGCCCCCCAGGAAUGGGGAAUCAUUUCCCUUCAGGUCAAUACCCAACCGCAGUCCAGCGCCUGGAGAUGUACGCCCGUACUAACUGGGUGAGGCCGGAGUUCGACCAGAGCAUGAAUCCGACGAGCCACCAGGCUAGUGAAUACCGCCCGGCCAAAGACCUCACACCCCCAGAUUCCUAUAACUCGGUUCCCAGCAAUGGAUAUAGCUUGAACAACCGGACUUCUUCCAUCAUUCAGACCCACACGCCGCCGGACGAGUCCGAACCACCCAGACUCGAUAACCAGGAGGCACACAUUCCACAUGCCGCACCUCCGCCAAAGAAAUCACACCAAGGAUGGCCCAAAGGAAAACCUCGAGGGCCCCGGACGAAAGCUGGCACGUCUAAGCGGACAUCGAAAACUGGAGCGAAGGCAAGAGUCGGGAGACCUCCUGGGUCUACCACACGUCAAGUCUCAGCACCGAGGGCACGCAGUACGGGCCAACUCCGAGCUGAGAUGAUGGAAACUAAAAGGGAACUCGAAAAUAAAGAACGAACUCGACGGAAGUCGAUUUCCGGACUCUCGAGCCAACCUGGAGCAACUUCCGAGGCACCAAGCCAUACUCGACUCGCUUCCGCACCUCCUGAAGUGACUCCGUCUUCCGAAAGCGGUCCUCAGAAAGCAGAUGGCAGGCAGAGGCGACGGAACCGGAACCAAGAUAUUACCACUUGCGCUGGCUGCAAAGCCAAGCCAAGCACCUCAAACGGCGAAAUUGUAUCAUGGCUUGAAUGCAAUGGAUGCAAUCAAUGGUUUCACAUCGCUUGCGCCGGGUUCAAAAACGAACGCGAGGUGCGAAGAGUGGAUAAGUUCUUCUGCACUGACUGCACUCCAAAGAAAGGGCCUACAACAUAUCUCCGCAAAUCCUCUCGUGCUCAAGCUGCCGUUGACUACGCUGGUCUCAAUGAAGGCGUUCUUCGUCCCACCGAGGACAAUGAACAUGAACACCAUUAUAUUAAGCCGAUCAAGGAAGGUACUCUGAACUACAGUCCAGACCAGUUCGCGCGCAUUCCCCCUGAGUUGGUGACCGCCGAAUACUUCGAAAAAUGCGGAGGCAUGAAGGAACCUUUCGUCGUCCCAGCAGCCUGGAACCCACGUCCAACUAUCCCCGGAACCAGACGGUCGCCUGAACCAACGGAGGGAGCCGACGCCCCUGCCCUUGCAGAAGAAAAUCCAACUGGAUUCUCUAACGAAGAGCUCGACGAGUAUUUUGAAUUCGACUAUGCCCUUGACGAGGGACAAGACAAAAUCGGCAUGGUGAUCCCCGAAGGUUUAACCGUAAGGCGAGUGGCGCAACUUUAUGGAGAGCACGAAAAGCUCGACGUUAUCGACGUCAAGUCGCAAGAAACCGACAAGGUGUGGACCCUCAGCCGCUGGGCAGACUACUACGAGGCCGAAGGCGAGAAGCCCAUUCGCAAUGUCAUCAGUCUUGAGGUCUCUAUGAGCAAGUUGGGGCGUCUCUUGAAGCGACCAACAGCAGCACGAGAGUUGGAUCUCCAAGAGGAAGUCUGGCCUGAAGAAGAACCGUCGCCGAAUGUCCAGUUUUACUGUCUCAUGUCCGUUGCGGAUUGCUACACGGAUUUUCACAUAGACUUUGGUGGAUCGUCCGUCUUCUACCACAUCAUCAAGGGCCGCAAGACUUUCUUCUUUAUCCCGCCGACCAAGCAGAAUCUCAAGAAGUACGAGGAAUGGUCAAGCUCCCCGGCUCAAAAUUGGACGUGGCUUGGCGAUGCCUGUAACGGCGAAUGCUAUCGAGUCGAUCUAUAUCCUGGGGACACGGCGUUCAUUCCCUCCGGCUGGAUACAUUCUGUUUGGACGCCCGAAGACAGCCUUGUGAUUGGUGGUAACUUCCUCACCCGCCUGAGCUACUCCAUGCAGCUCAAGAUCUUGGAGAUUGAGAAAGCAACGAAGGUACCGCAGCGAUUCCGAUACCCGUUCUUCCAAAAGGUGCUUUGGUAUGCAGUCAUGAAGUAUCUUGAAACGGAUCCUGUACCCGAGGUCGUCCGCGAUCUUUUCCUAUCCAAACAAGUCUUCCCUCGGGCUACACCGACCUACGAGGAGCCAAACAAGUUCGGUCUCAAUUCGGACCACGGCCCAGAGAAUUACAACGCGCGAUACUAUUCCAAAGCCGAGCUGGACGGACUCCCAGAUCUUGUUGGUUAUAUUUUCCGAACCGUUAUGAUUUCUUUGGGUCGCGUCGAGGGCAUCAAAGCAGAGACGCGGAAUGCGGUCUGUCGGUCGAUCCCGAAAUCUCGCCUGGAUCUAGAUCCACUAGAGUCUAUCCGUCUCUUCGCUAUGUGGGUUGCGUGGAAACGCGGCAACGAGCCGAUUCCAGACUGGGCGCAUCCAGACUCGACAUUACCUGGUGUCGAAGCCACAAGCAACGGGGAGACUGGGCAACAGAAGAUCAGUGAUGCGGCACUGAAGAGGUUAGAGCGGAUGGCAACAAGACCAAUUCCGGAGCGACAAGGUGCGAGACGAAAGAGUAAGACCAAAGCAGAAAGCCCAAGGGUCGAACGAGCAACGACGCCGGCCCCCGAGCAACCACCAAUGGCAAGCAAUAGUGGCUCGGUGCCAGAGAGUCCAGACGCCAUGUCGAAACAUGUCGCAUCGCCGAAAACUUCAGUUCUCGGGCCUAAACGAAUUGCUUGCGAUGCGUGUCGAAAACGCCGGAUCAGGUGCAAGCAUAAGGAUGAACUCGCUACGCCACCGGGCACGAAGGAUUCACAACUGCUUCAAUCAGACAAUGCCACUGUGACCAACCGAUUGGUUGCGAUGGUCGUGCCUUCGAACGGUGGCCAGCCAUCAUCUGCCACGGGAGACGUUGCAACAACGUCCAUUGUGCGAAAGGAAAGCUCCAGCCCAAGCAACGGCCCUCAGCUCGAUGCGGGAAUGGGGUCCAGCCCGGAUUCUAAGAAAGGCAGAAAUCGGGCGUGUGCAACCUGUCGAGUCAGCAAGCGGCGCUGCAUACAUGAUGAGAAUGGGAAUGUCGAUGUCGUGAAACUCAAUGAGAAGUCCAUCCCACGAGGCUCUAGUGGGGGUAAGAAGAGAUCUGCACCGACGAGCGAGGAUACCGAUCAGCAUCCAACCAAACGUCUCCACUUUGAAGAUGACAUCAAGAUUCCUCCUGAAGAUGAUACCGCAAUGUUUGACUCGACUCCGAACGCGAUUAACGGCGCAUUCGGGGUAGGGGACCAGGUUGGCGCUUCAGUGCCGCCGUUCUUGGGCUUGGCAACAGAAAAUGGCUCCCAUGGUCAGUCGGCCUACUCGCCGUUGGAAGCAUUAUCUGCGCUGGCAAACGGCGAGCUCGAAGGCAGACCUAUGCACGAUGCUUUGCAGAUGGCUACUCCUACCCAAGCAGAAAUUGGUCAAUUUACACUAACCGAGCCCGCGAGAGCAGCAAGCACUUCGCCUGGAACUGCUCCCGUACAUCCGGACCAGCGCGCAUCGGACACACGACAGGUCAGUGACCCGCAGUCGUUAUCACGACAUUCGUCGCGCGCCAUCAAACCAGUCGACCGCUUCGCACCGCCCAAGUUCGAGACGCCGCACCAGACUCUAGCGCGCAGAAAAUCCAUGUCAACUGGGACGUCGGCGGCGAGAAGCAAGAGCCCCGAGCUUCACGGCAGCGCGAAGUCGGGCAUGUCGAAGCGGAGACCUUCCGCCACGAGCCCCACGACUGCGCGAGGAUCCCAGCGUCGCUCGGUGUCGUUCUCUGGAGACUUGGCGGCACGAGCCAAUGUGGCGAGCAUGGCUCGACAGGCCGCGACGGAUUUUGGGGUGAAGGUGGAGAGGUUAGAGGAGGUAAUUGAGGAGGAGACGGACGAGAUGAAGAGUGAGCGGCUGGCGAGGGAGUUGGCGGCUCAGGAUUGGGGGUUGAGAGACAGGAGGAAGAGUCGUUGA